UCCUGUACGCGUAUUCUUUUGAGGUUACUUUAUUAUUAUGUUUUUCAUUUUAAUUAAAUAUUAAUACAUUAUUAUAGUAAUUAUGUGAAUAUAUUCAAAAUUUUCUGAUAUUCAGGACAUUAACUGCUACAAGUGCUGGUAUGAAUACAUAGAAUGCGCACUAUUUAAGCAAAAUAGCUUCGGCCUCUGAAUUUGGGCAUAAUUCAUUAGUUACCGACGCUUUAGCUCUUUUGCAGCAAAAAUGGGCACAAGAGGAUUAUCAAAAAAAGAAUUGGAGGAACUAAGAAAGAAGGAAGAGGAAGAAGCGGCGGCACAUGUCUUCAAAGAAUUUGUGGAGACGUUUCAAGAAGUACCCAGCAGUACUUCUAAAGUGUGGGUCAAGGCAGGCACUUAUGAUGCAGGAGCUAGAAAGGAAGACACUUCAGAGCGAGGCAAAUUAUACAAGCCUGUGUCACGUUUGGAGGAGAAGCGUGGCGGAUCUGAAGCUGAUAUGAUGAGAAAUCUCGCACAGCGACCAGAUCCUCCCGGGAGGCCGCGCUCCAAACAGAAGGGACAAGACAAGAAGAAAAGUAACCUGGAAUUAUUUAAGGAAGAACUACGACAGAUACAAGAGGAGCGUUCAGAACGUCACAAGUACAAGAAUGUGUUGCGCGAGCGCGGCGUGGUGGGCGUGGAGCCUGUGGUGGACGUGAUGCCCGACGUGGGCUCCUACGACACUGGUGACCCCAACACUACCAACCUAUAUUUAGGCAAUUUGAAUCCAAAGAUAACAGAACAGCAGCUGAUGGAGAUAUUCGGCCGCUAUGGUCCUCUGGCCAGCAUCAAGAUAAUGUGGCCGCGCUCAGACGAGGAGAAGGCGCGCGGACGGAACUGUGGAUUCGUCGCCUUCAUGUCUCGCAAGGACGGGGAGCGGGCGCUCAGGUGUAUAAACGGUAAAGAGAUAAUGAAUUACGAAAUGAAAUUGGGAUGGGGGAAGGCGGUGGUGAUACCCCCCGUGCCGAUUUACAUUCCACCGGCUCUACAGCAACCUAGCAAGCCGCCACCUCCCUCCGGACUACCGUUCAACGCGCAGCCCCCCAAACAUCUCAUCAACAGGAUUCCGCGUAUUCGGCCUGGUGAAUAUUAUCCUAGUGAUCCUGAAGAUCAGCAGGCUUAUGAACAGAUAUUAUCUCAGUCUAUUGUCAGAGUCGUAGUACCAACAGAAAGAAACAUAUUGAUGCUGAUCCACCGCAUGGUGGAGUUCGUGAUUCGUGAGGGACCGAUGUUCGAGGCGAUCAUCAUGAAUAAGGAGAUGAACAACCCGUUCUUCCGCUUCCUGUUCGAGAAUCAGUCGCCGGCGCACGUGUAUUACCGAUGGAAGCUGUUCUCCAUGCUGCAGGGUGACUCGCCCAAACAGUGGUCCUUGGAAGAUUUUAGGAUGUUUAAAGGUGGUUCUGUUUGGAGGCCGCCGGUGAUGAAUCUGUACACGGCGGGCAUGCCCGACGAACUCGUCGAGGAAGAGGACGCCAAGGAUAAUAUACGGGGCACGCUCUCCAACAAUCAGCGCGACCGGCUGGAGGAGCUGGUGCGGGGGCUGACGCCGGCGCGGGGCAGCGUGGCGGCCGCCAUGGCGUGGUGCCUCGAGCACGCGGAGGCGGCGCCCGAGGUGGCCGCCUGCCUCGCCGAGGCGCUCGCCGGCCCGCACACCGCGCCGCCGCGCCGCGUCGCGCGCCUCUACCUGCUCUCCGACAUCCUGCACAACGCCGGCGCCAAGCUCACGCACGCCAGCGCCUACCGCGCCGCGUUCCAGCAGCGCCUGGUGGAGAUCAUGCGCGCGUGUCACUUGGCGUACACGCAGAUGCCAUCGCGGCUGCAGCAGGAAGGCUUCCGCGCUCGCGUCACACGCAUCCUACAGGCCUGGGCCGAUUGGGCCGUGUACCCCACUGAUUUCCUCAUGCAUAUUAACGACGUAUUUCUCGGCAUCGAUAAGGAGGAGCCCGUACCGGCGGAAGGUGGAGACGGACCAGAGGGGGAGGCGGGGGAGGGCUCGGCUGCGGCGUCCCCCGCACGCUCGUCCUCCUCCGAGUCGUGGGAGGGCGGCGCGCUAGACGGCGCCGCACUACGACGCCUGGCCGCCGAACGUCGCCACGCGCCUCCUGCCCGCCCCUCGCAGCCGCCCGCCCAACACGCGCCGCCCACCCCGGUGGCCGCCCACGACACCGACAUCGACGGCGUGCCAGUGGACGAGGACAUAGACGGCGUGCCGCUGGAGGGCGAGGCGGAGGUAGAGGGCGGCGCGGGCGCGGGCGGCGGCGGCGCGUUCGUGCCGUCCCGCUGGGAGAGCGUGGAGCCGGAGCCGGAGCCCGAGCCCGCGCCGCAGUGGGCGCCGCCCUCCACGCCGCCGCGGGACCCGCCCGCCCACCGCCAGCCGCCCGCGCCGCCGCCCCUCGCCGACUCCGAGGAGCUGUCCCUAAAGCGGGAGACUCUGCGCGAGAUCGAAGUACGCGUGCUGAAGUACGCCGACGAGCUGGAGGCGGGAGUGCGCGCGCGGCGGCCCGGGCUCGCCGCGCACCAGCAGCUACACCACUAUCGCCGCAAGCUCAUACGGAAGGCGGCUCGUGAAGCGAAGGAGGCUUUAGAAGAAGCCAGAGAGUCCCCGGAGCCGCGGCGACGUUCGCCAGAUGAGGAUACAUACUCUACAACAUCUUCAAAGAAAUCAAAGAAGUCACGUGAACCAUCGUUAUCUCCGCCACCUAAACGAUCGCGAUAUGUAGAUCGAAAAUCACGGUCACGUUCAAGAUCUCGAGAAAGAGACAGGGAACGCGAUCGUUCACGUGAGAGAGAACGAGAACGGGAACGGGAACGAGAAAAAGAAAGGGAGAGGGAUCGUGAGAGAGAAAGAGAACGAAGACGUGCACGUUCGCCGGCCACGCCCCCAGGUCACCAUCACAGAAAACACAGUAAACACGCCAAGUACAAGUACUAGCAGAGUGGAGUCUUAUGUCGCUUUAAUGUAAAU